UUCGUUGGAGUUGGCUGCUCGGUGAAAUAUCUAGCGCGACUCUCGGAACGCCGAGCUGAGACACAAGUCGAUAAUAUAUAAUCCAGGCAGGCGGCUUGUGUGACUUCAAACAAACGCUUGUGUAAAUUUCGAACAAAUUCUGAUACGUGUGUACGGUCUGGCGGGUUUGAUUACCCGCAAUGUUAAACGUCGCACCCGGAUCUCAAUUUUAUCACUAAAUUGAGCUACAGAACUACUUUCCGGAGUGACAUAUUUCCUCGAUUUUGCUGAAUAAUAUAUACACCAAUUUCCAACAAAAAUCCGUACACCGCUCGAUAAGUAAACGCCGUGGAAUAGACACACCAGCAGCUCGGGUCGUGGAAUGAGUUGCCUAUAGUAGAUGGAUUGAGAUGAUUCUGUGAUGCUCCACCGCAACACAUCAUCGAGACGACGCCGGGCGUCGCGCAGCGCCGCCAACUCUCCUCAGGGCAAUCCAACCUCGGUAUCACCUGCUAGCACGAGAGGUCGUCGUGCGUCGGUGGCAGCGGAGAGACCGACGGCUCUGGCGACUCUCUCAAACAACGGGAACCUUUCCGAAAGAUCACCCAGAAGCAGUAUUGUGCCCGAUAUUGCUCUCGAGGAUGACAAGACCGCGGAAGCAUCCCAGGAGACGGUCUGUCAAAGAAUUGCGCAGGACAUCGAUCUGGGAAAAUCGGUACGUGGCGGUCAGCUUCUGCAGCCGGAGCCGAAUAGAAGUCCGAGAAACUCCCCGAUACCCGAUGAGUGCUCAAGGAAUUCUCGCAGCUCUUCGAUUUGCGAAGCGAAUCGCAGCCCGAGAAACAGCUUGACGCCGGAGGCGAGUCGCUCGCCGAGAAACAGCUUUGCCCUCGACGCAACGAUCGGCAGGAGUCCGAGACACUCCCUGACAGCUGAUGUCGCCCCGAGUCCGAGGAAUCCUUUUCUGUCAGAUCCUGCGCGACUCGGUUACGACAGAAGUCCGCGAAACAGUUUGGUACCCGAGGUGAACCGAGGGAAACGCAACGCUGCAUCGCCGGUCGAAGCUACGGCGCAAGGAACGAGGAAUUGGUUUUUUUUUACAGAAAACAGCGCCUACGCCCCAAGUUCCAGACAUCCCCGUGCCUCCGAUGCCGAGCCUGAUCACCGCGGUAGCGUCGCAAACCUCGAGUACGAUCCAAGUACUCCGGAAUUGCGGACGACACCGCGGAGCAAUGCCGGACCGCCGGUAGACGCGAGUCGGAACCCUCGCGGCUCCGCUGUCCAGGAAUCGAUUAAUCGAAGCCCGCGCAGCUCCAUAACCCCAGAACCGAAUCGUUUUCCCAGAGGCUCGAUUUGUCCCGAAUCAAAUCGCAGCCCGAGAGGAUCAAUUGUCGGCCCUCACGAAUCGAACAGAUCGCCAAGAGGCAGCAUAGCGGUUGGCCAAGUCGAUAGAAAUCAAAUCGAGACCGAUAACAGAAGUCCCAGGGGAAGCAUAGGCACACGGGAUGCCGAAAGGAAUAACAGGGGUAGCCUUGGCGGCUCUCAGGAUCGGAGGAGUCCCAGAGGCAGCCUCACCUUCCUCGAACCUCGCAGAGCUUCGGCUGACCAGGGAACUUCUCGGACCAGAAGCACCUCACCUUACCGUCAAAACGAACGUCAAAUUAACGCUGCCGGUAAUCCGAGGUGCAUCGGAAAUUACGGAGCUCAGGCGAACCUGGGUUACGGAACGAACGCCUGGGCGGAUUCCAGGAGGGCGAGUAGCUCUGUAUCUCAGUUUUCCGGUGACGAAUCACGUCGACUGUGCGGAGGUGCGUCGAGCGUUACGGAAAAGGGUGUCAUAGAUCCUGACACCCUGGCCGUUGCGACCUACGGCUCGCUGGCUUUCCAGUUGAAAGAUGCUCACCUUGAGGCCGGCAGCACCUGCGACUUUGUUUCGAGAGCGCUGGGUGUCAUCGGUAAGACGUUGGGUGUCACGAUUUGUUUGGCUUGCUUGUCGGCCAUGCCUCCCGUUAUGCUGAUCAUGGGUCUGCAGUUCAUACGAGAUUGUCCGAGGGAACCUCACAUACCGGUAUACAUGGUCGUUGGCGGUACUUUGGGUGGUGUGCGUAUGCUAUGGACUCUCUACGUCCAAAUUUGCUCCAGGAGACCGGAGAUUCUCAGUGGUCCCGAAACUGGAACACACAUGUCGCCAACGAGGCUCGCUUCCCUGGCGUUAUCCGGUUUCUUGGCCGUAUGGUUCGUGCUGGGAAAUUUUUGGAUAUUGAAUAUAAAGUGGCCAGAUUACGCCCCUACCUUGUUUGAGCCGAACCGCUGGUGUGACAAGUCUCUUUACAUCUUCUCGCUGGUUCACCUUUGCAUCGUUUACGCAGCCCUGGCGGCCAGCAUACUGGCUGCCGCAGCCCUGGCCGUAUGCCGAAUUCUUUCUUGCCCUUGGCCGGACAGGAAGAUCGGGGAGGGAGUGCUAUGGGUAGAGGUGGGAAACGGACAUGGAACUUUUCAAAUAAUCGAGCCCUGACGGGGGUGGAGGAGGUGGGGGAUGAAGAGGAAGAGCAGGAGGAGGAGGAGGAGGCGGAGAAGAAGAAGGAGACGAAGGCGGAAGAAUCGUAAGAAGCAGGGGGAGCGGAGCCGACGAAAGAGGAAGUAGGGCGGAUGGACGGAGACAUUACCGCCGACAGUUUUCAAACGGUGACGUAUUUGCCCGCUGGACAUAAUUGAGCUUCGGCAAGUAUCGGACGUGAUUCGGACCCGUAAGUUACAGAGUUCCCGUUCCGUCGGCGGCACGCCGAAUAGGACGCGUAAGCAUACCGGCCAACUAAGAUUUCAAAUGGAUCGAUGAUUGAUCGUUUCAAUGUCGGCCCAGAUAAGUUCGGAAAUGGACGAGCUGUGUUGAAUGAGAAAUUAUAAGGCUCUAUCUAUCAAUCUCUAGUUAACAGCUGAGCCCUUAGUUAAUAGUGUUGGCUUCGAACUCGUAACAUAGCCAUUUCAUAGUUUCCGAGAACUGAUGAAACUGUAGUAGGUGUACGUAUAACGAUAACUUGCCAAAACUCCGAAUUGAUGCUUUCUCACCUGUGCACAAUUGUCCAGAAAAAGUGGCAAGUUGGACGGAGAGCUGGCCAAGAAACGAUCACACGCGUUUACUUUUCCUAACGCUGAUUGCAUUACAAAAAAUAUUUGCAGAUUUGCGUAUACUCGCUGCCCCCUCGGCAGAGACGUAGCGGGAGUGUAUAUGGCACAAAAGGCAACGAAUGAAUACUAUAAUAUUUACCAAUUGUAGAAAUUAUGUGUAUAUAUUAUUAAUCGUAAGACAAUGGGACGCAACGCAUCGUAUAAUAUGUAUACCUGUCCACGCUGCACGCAUGAAGUUUCGUCGAGAUGUAAGUCGUAGAUUGAGAAACCUGUCGAUGAGCAAAUGUUGUCUCGUGAGGCCGAAUCGAACUCGAGAGCCGAUAUCUGAAAAAAUAUGUUAAAAGAACACCUUUGCCCGGACGAUUGGAUGGGAGACGUUGAAUUUUAGAUGAAUUGUCGGCCGAUUCUGAAGGUACGACCUUCCGUGCUUAAGUCAACUUCAUGCCGACCAAGCCGGUGAAUGUUAUUUGUUAGGCUCUUAGGAAUACAACCUCCGCUUUCAAUAAAAAAGUAAUUUUGAUAAA